CCUAAUGGUUCUAUAGAUUCUUUUCAAGAUCUGAAGCAAAUUUAAUGAUCAACACCAAUUUUUCUGAUCUGGGUUUGCUUCAUUUUUCAUACUGGUUCCAGUUUUAGUUUGUAAGCAUGCUGUUUCCUAGAACUGGAAGUUAGUGUAACUUCUUUCUAUAGAUUUCUUGGGUGGAAAUUGGCUUAAAGUUCUGGACUUUGAGAUGGCAAGCAUAGAGGAGGCACUAAAAGCUAAAGCAAAUGCUGAAAUGAAAUAUGCAGAGAGAGAUUUUCUGGGUGCCAAAAACUAUGCUUUAAAAGCUCAUAUGUUGUGCCCUCAUUUAGUGGGUAUAUCACAAAUGGUGGCCGCAUUUGGGGUUCAUAGUGCUGCAGCAACGAAGGUUAAUGGAGAAUUUGAUUUUUACGGGAUACUGGGUUCAGAUCCAUCUUCAAACAGGGCUAAGUUGAAGAAAGAAUAUAGAAAGCUGUCCGUGUUACUCAAUCCUGAUAAAAAUAAAAGAUUUGGAGCUGAUGCCGCAUUUAGGCUUGUUUCUGAAGCGUGGAGAGUAUUAUUGGAUGGUGCUAAAAGAAGCUCGUAUGAUCGGAGGAGAAGUUUAUUUACAGUACAUGCUUCUGGUGUUGUUAACGUUGGCAAUUACUCCAAUUUUUCACCUUCUCAUAACAGACUUGACACGUUUUGGACUGUUUGUACCUCUUGUCAGGUUCAGUACGAAUAUCAUAGGAAGUAUGUGAACAAAAGACUGUCCUGUAAAAACUGUUACGGGUUUUUUAUUGCUGUUGAAACAGGUCUGGCCGCUGUAAGUGGUGCCUAUGCAAAUAGUAAUUGGCGUUGUUCACCGGAGAAUGGAUAUGGAAGCCAUGGUCGUAACGUUGCAUAUGUUCCCACAAUGUCUAUUUAUUCAGCGAAUAAUGGUGUUACAGAACAUCAUUCUGGACAUGGUUCUGAAAAUAUGGUCGCUGAUGUUGUUCUCAACGGGUAUUCUGUGUGCAAUGAGCAACCAUUCAGCCGACGUGGUAGGCCUUUUAAGAAAAGAAAACUUAUUGUUGAAAGUACAUAUUGUUAUAAUGGUGAAGUGGCUCUAGCAACUGCUACAGAAAUCACAAGUGCAGAUGGAAACAAGAACGGGAAUAUGAAACAAGAUGCUAAGCUUCCUACUCCGUCGGAAACUUCAAUCCGUAGAUGUUUAACGGCUCCUGCAUUUGAUGUCAGACAAUUAUUAAUUGACAAGGCAAGAACAUAUAUCAGCAAGAAACUAGAACAGAUCAGGUCGGCUGCAGAAACUGGCUCGUUGACGAUAACUGUCCCGGACUCUGACUUCCAUGAUUUUGACAAAGACAGAUCAGAGGAUUGUUUCAAACCGAAGCAAAUAUGGGCUUUAUAUGAUGAGGAAGAUGGUAUGCCUCGCUUGUAUUGUCUGAUCCGUGAAGUCAUCUCUGUGAAUCCGUUUAGGGUUCAUAUCAGCUACUUAAGUUCGAAAUCAGACCGUGAAUUCGGACUGGUGAAUUGGCUGGAUUCCGGUUUUACCAAGUCAUGUGGAAAUUUUAGGGUCUUUAACUCUGAAAUCGUGGAGCAGGUGAAUAUAUUUUCUCAUCUUUUAAGUAGUGAGAAGGCUGGUAGAGGAGGUUGUGUUAGAAUCUACCCGAAAAGCGGGGAUGUUUGGGCCGUAUAUCGAAAUUGGUCACCAGAUUGGAACAGAGAAACUCCUGAGGAAGUGAGACACGGAUAUGAAAUGGUGGAGGUCCUCAAUGAUUAUUCCGAGGAGCUUGGUGUCUCUGUUACUCCAUUGGUUAAAUUAGAUGGAUUCAAGACGAUAUACAAAAGAAACAUGGACAAGGAUGCCAUUCGAUGGAUUCCAAGAAGAGAGAUGUUACGAUUUUCACAUCAAGUUCCGUCUUGUUUACUGAAACGGGAAGGUAUGAAUUUGCCAGUCGGGUGCUGGGAUCUUGACCCUGCUGCAACUCCCGAAGAUUUACUUAACGGAGUAAAUGAGGGGGAACAAGGACCUAGUCUAGCUGAAAGCUAUGAUCUCAAUGAGACAUCUCAGGCUGAAACCAAAACAUUAGUCAGAGAAAAGCUUGAAAAGACAGAAUAUGUUGCUAUUCCGGACAAGUUCUCUGGGGCUACGUGUGACUUGUAAACUAAAAACUGUUCAGACCUUCCACCAGGUUUCCUGAAUCUGUGAAGGCAGUUCAUAAUUGUGAGGAAUCCAGCAAAAUGUACUGUUUCACCGCUACACCAGCUGAGCACAUCCAAGCUGUGACAGAAGUGUAGGUGAAGUAAAUGCCGAGCAAUAGGAAGGUAGAGUUUGAGAUUCUUUGAGGUGUUAUGUAUAUGUUUAGCUUUUCCCAUGAAAUGAAGUUUUAGUUCUUUACACAAUUUGUCUUAUCUUCUUGAUUUUAACUUUAUCUUGUUGCAGCUCAUCGUACCUUGUCCUCAUUUUUGGUGACUCUCUUUAUGUGCUGAUUUCUCAAUCAUUUUUUGCUAUCCAGUUGUAUAUCACAC